AUGGCCAGCCGGAUCCGCUGCAAAAGUCCACGAGGGUCGGAAGGGUUUUGGAGACCUUGGAUCGCCGCCCCGAAAGAUGCGCGAGGGCGAACCCGCAGCGCGCUGAGUAGCCUCCCUGACAUUACAGAAGACUCAGCAAAGCUCACACAGUAUACACACCCAGUCAGAUUAUUCUGGCCCAAAUCGAGGUGCUUUGACUAUUUGUAUCAAGAAGCUGAAGCACUGCUGAGAAACUUCCCCGUCCAAGCCACAAUUUCAUUCUAUGAAGACUCAGAGAGUGAGGAGGAGAAUGAUGACAUGGAGCAUGACUCCUAAGAGCAGAACUGGGCUAUCGACUGUACUAAACGCUUAUGUGUGGAUUAA